AUGAUUCAAGAAAGACGAAACCCUCAGUGCGUGGAACAUUCCAGAUUCUCCUUUCCACUCUACGGAUAUUGGCAGGACAGCUGGGACACAGAAGUGACACCAGACGAGGAGGAAAGCCUCACGAACGGCUCCCAACGUCAGCAAGGACGCCACAAUGUUCUCAAAUGGCCGGCGGCCGGCUGCCCGGCGAGCUCAGCGUGCACCCAGACGCUUGUCGCGCUCCGGCACCAGCAGAGGCUGACAUCUCUGAAGCUGCACCGCCCGGGUACCCGGCCCGCGGAAAGUCCGGCCAGCGAGUCGGGAAACUGGCCGCCGCGGCCCCGACGCCGUCUCCGCAAAGGCGGACAGCCGAAUGGUGGAGCCCGACGGCGGGGCUCCCCGAAACGGACCGUCAGCCUACGGCCUCCUGGCCCGAAACCACCGCCGCCCACGGACAAUGGCAGCCUAACCUCCGCCACCGCGCAGCGGCCGGGGCUCCUCGGGAGCUCCGGGGCCCACGCCGCUGCCCCUGCCACCCGCUCACCUGCAGGCCGCCGCCCUCCGCCCCGCGCUACUCGCAGACGGGCCCCGUCACGCGCACAAACCGUCUCAAUAACCGCUGUCAGGCUCGCGUCCCCGCCCGGGUCCCAUCCGACACCGCGCUCGGGCCGGAAGCGGACUGACGCCCUUCCGGGGAGGGGCUUCGAGCCGCUGCGCCGCGGGCCCCACCCUCGCGGAGGAAACCCGCUUUCCUUCCAAUGCCGCCCUGGCGGUCGGAAAGAGUUAAUGCUACCGACUGUCCCGUUCCCGACGCGGCCUAGAGGGGCCUCCACGUGGCUCGGCGAGCUGCUGUCGCCGCCUCGUGUCCCGCACCGGAAGGCACUGCGCGUCCGGCUAGUGACUGCGUGGCCUUCGGGCGGCGCCGGUACUCGGAGCCCAGCCCAGCGAGGGUGGCCGCCCCUGCGCACGCGGGGUUCUCGUCCUUCUCGGGGCUUUCAUCCAGGUCAGGAUCGGCGGCCCCCGAGGGCUUGUUCCCCUCCUCUGGGUCGCGUGUCCCUCACAACGAUCACGUUUUUCUCGUGAGCACCUGAAAUGGAUAAAAGUUGCAGUUUUUGUUACUUCUUGUGAGUUUGUGUGUCUGGAAUGAAGACAAUAAAAUUAAUCUAGAGUAGGACAUUUGGAAGGACAUGGAAUGGCAUUGGGCAUCCCCAGGAGGAUCUGUAAGGAAUAUCUGAGGAAUAUCAGAGACACUGGUGAGAAAUCUUUUGAAUUUCUUCAAGCAGGAGAAAAGUAUUAUUAAGCAACAUCCACAGUGAAGAGAAAUGGAAUAAAGUUUCAAAUAUAUUGAAUCUGUUACUUGACAUCCUAAUGUAAAUUGAGAACAAAAAAAUGAAAAAUCAAAUUUUUUGAAGAAUGUUAGCAGUGAUAAAAUAUUUUUAAAACUUUUGAACUUAUCUGAGAACUUCCAGGACUCCAAAACUUGAUAAUUCCAAAAUUUAGAAAAGCUGCAGUGAAAAAUAACACUUGAGAAUAUACCAGAUGUACUCAUGCAAGAAGCUCUGAGAGUGGGAAAGUGCCACUAACAGGUUUUUACAUACUUCGAGUUUACCUAGGUAAACACAAGAAGUUAAAGCUCGGUCUUUGAGAAUGCUACAUCGAAUGUAAUAAAUGUGAGAUUUCUUCACAUGGACAACAGAACCUACUAACUUUCUCAGUAAACAUACUUAACAACUGUUCAGGAAUGCCAGCUCCCCGGACAUCCCAAUGUCAGGAUAGCUUGGACUCCUUAUCCGGGUGGAUGGCCUGCUGCCCAGUGAAUACUGCUUACAGAGCAGCGAGAGCACCAUUUUUUUUUCUGGCAGUGAGGUGAAAUCAGGUUGUUUUGGAGGGGGAGAAGCCAUGCUGCUUCUCUGCUACACAGGAUUACUCUGUCUAUGCCUUUGAGGCUUUCACAUUCCCUUCUCAAGCACUACCUUUUAUGAAGACUUAGCUCACCCGGGUUUCUUUCUGUGGACACAUCUCCCCUCUGCUCCUGCUGUCUGUGUCUGCGUGGAGUUAGGGAGAGCAGGUAUUCCUGUCAUUCCUGACUAGAGCUGCUGGAGCUGUCCAGAGAGGAGGAGGAAGAUGGGGUUCUGAGAACCGAUCAUCCUUAUCUUGUCGGAGCAAAGGCUAGAUAGGCUUUGACAGUGGUGGUUUUCUGAGUGCAUAAGCCCUUCAUCUGUAGACUCGCACUUGUGUCUUUUAAGUCUUUAAAGACUUAAGUCUUUAUCCCUUUUAGCCCAAUACCCUUCUGUACAAAUGCCUGUGCCUUUUGGGGCUUUAAGCUAGUUUUUUGUUUUGCUUUUAAUUUUUCCCAAUUCAGUAAGGCUUUUCCCUCUUUUUUCUCCUGUUGGUUGUCUGAAACCCAAUUCAGUAUGAAUAAAAGAGGGAAAUAUACAACAUUGAAUUUGGAGGAGAAAAUGAAGGUUCUCAGUAGGAUUGAAGCUGGACGGUCUCUGAAAAGUGUAAUGGAUGAAUUUGGAAUCAGUAAAUCAACAUUUUAUGACAUUAAGAAGAAUAAGAAAUUGAUUUUGGACUUUGUACUGAAGCAGGACAUGCCUUUGGUAGGGGCUGAGAAGAGAAAGAGGACAACGGGAGCCAAAUACGGGGAUGUGGAUGACGCAGUGUACAUGUGGUACCAGCAGAAACGCUCAGCCGGCGUCCCCGUAAGGGGUGUGGAGCUUCAGGCCGCUGCAGAGAGGUUCGCACAGUGUUUCGGGCGAACCGACUUUAAAGCUAGCACUGGUUGGCUUUUUAGAUUUCGAAACAGGCACGCCAUUGGGAAUCGAAAAAUAUCUGGAGAACAAGUCCUAAGUUCAGCUUCAGAAAAUGUUGAGCCCUUUCGACAAAAACUGUACAUGCUUAUCAAAGAGGAGAAACUGAGUCUAGCUCAGCUGUACAGUGGGGAUGAGACUGACCUCUUUUGGAAGUCAAUGCCAGAAAACAUUCAGGCAAGCAGGAAAGAGAUCUGCCUGCCUGCGAGGAAAAUAAACAAAGAACGGUUGUCUGCGCUCUUAUGUGCAAAUGCAGAUGGAACUCAUAAACUAAAGUCAGUCAUUAUCGGAAAGUCAAAGCUGCCCAGAAGUGUGAAAGAGGACACAGGUACAAUACCUGUGAUUUAUAAGCCUAGUAAAGAUGUUUGGUUCACCAGAGAAUUGUUUUCAGAAUGGUUCUUUCAAAACUUUGUUCCUGAGGUCAGGCAUUUUCAGCUUAAUGUUUUAGGAUUCCAUGAAGAGGAUGUCAGGGCCUUGUUACUUCUGGACAGUUCUCCAGUUCACCCUUCUGCCGAAUCACUCUCCAGUGAGGAUGGUCAAAUAAAAUGCAUGUUCUUUCCCCGUAACACUUCGACCCUGAUUCAGCCAAUGAAUCAAGGUGUGAUCUUGAGCUGCAAACGACUUUAUAGGUGGAAGCAACUUGAAGAGAGUCUUGUCAUUUUUGAAGAAAGUGAUGAUGAGCAAGAUAAGGGGGAAAAAGGAGCUUCCAAGAUUAAAAUCUACAACAUAAAAAGUGCAAUUUUUAACUGGGCCAAGAGUUGGGAUGAAGUGAAACAAAUAACCAUAGCAAAUGCAUGGGAAAAUCUUCUUUACAAAAAGGAACCUGAAUAUAAUCUUCGAGGCUUAGAAGAUGGAAAUUAUAGAGAAAUCCUUGAGAAGUGUGGGGAGUUGGAAACCACGCUGGCAGAUGACAGGGUAUGGUUCAAUGGGGAUGAUGAAGAGAAGGGUAGCCUCGAAAAAACAAAAAGUGGAAUUACAAAGGAAGUUGUUCAGAAACGAGGAGGAGCAGAAGAGCAGACUGCUGAAUUUCAGUUAUCUGAUGUCAGAGAGAGUCUGGACUACCUACUUGACUUUGUUGAUGCCACACCUGAGUUUCAGAGGUUCCAUUUCACGCUGAAAGAGAUGCAACAAGAAAUAAUAAAAAAACAGUUCCAGAGUAGAAUCCAUUCUCGAACUGGUAGUUUUUUGAAACCUAGGCCUCAUGUUAUGAAGGAUUCCUUCAAUAUGCCUUCAACUUCUAGUAAUUAGAUCUUGUAUUUACAGAUUUCUGUAGUUAUAUAUGAUGCAGACCUGUUGUGAAUUGUCAUUGUUUUUAUCAGCUGACCUCAUUUUGCAUAGCACUGCCCAUUUAUAUAUUGUUUCUAAAACAUACAACUUAAAAAUAAAUUUGUCUACUUUAAAGUAUAAAAACAUUGAUUAAUCCAUUUUUGUUUCCAUUUUAGACAAGGAUCUGAAUAAUGAGAUAUUGUCCCAGAUUAUCUAAGGUGGAAUGGAUGUUGGAAGAGCAUUACAUUCUAUCUCAGAGCAUAUAACAAGAAGCUAUAUGCUGACUAGGUUUUUUUGAAAAAAAUUUUUAAAACUAUAUAAAAAAAUAAAGGUAAGAAUAGAUUUGGUUUUUAGUUUAAUUGUGUGACAUUCUCUGGUUUCUUAACUCUGUAUACCACCUACUGCCCCCUG